AUGCUGGCGAGGAAGUCUGUAAAAGGAGUGCAUAUGAGAUUCGAAACAUCAGAUGAGGUUUGUCGAGUGCGAUAUUCAGAACAUUCCACAAGCGAUCCCCAUUCAAAGGUCUCAAAGAAAUCCACCAUAAAGUUGUGUCAGCUGGAUUCUGCCUUACGGCAUUUGGUGAUUACUGAGACCGUUUGUAUUGAAGGUGGACUGGUGGGGCAUUUGACUCGAAACACUCUGCAACGCUCUCUGAAACGACACAUUAAUUCUCUUGAUCUAAUCAAUUGUACUAUUUCACUUGGUUUUGAAGAGUUCGCGAAUUUUUUGCGACGUCUUCGAGUUCGAAACGUCACGUUGAUCGACUGCACGAUAGAGGAUGUUCAGCUGAUCGGUGAUCCGCUGUUUGAGAUCAACAAACAAAUCGCUUUCGUUGAUGUACAAUUCCCACAUCUUCAACACUGUCCUCUGCUAACGGAUCGCACCCUCAAAGAAUGGGCUGAUUCGUUGAGUUGGCCUCAAACUAUUCUGUUGCGGACAUUGCAUAGCAAUAUCACUCGUCAAGGGGUUGCUACAAUGAUAGAGAGUUAUAUACGAUGGUGUAAGAAACAACGAGCCCAACCCAUCCCACGCUUACGUUCAUCACAAUCAUUACUGUGGAAUUUUGGUACGAUUGACGGUGAUGUGAAGCAGCUGGAAAAUGCAAUAGGAAAACUGAAAAAGUGCAUGAAAAUUACUGUAAUUGAAGCAUCAGAAGAGCAAUUCGCGGCGAUCAUUCGUUUCGAUCGCUCAUCUCCGGUUCUUCACUUGAGGACUUCUUUUGCCAGUAGGAAGAGAAAGUGA